AUGCCUAGUGAUCAAACCACCAUUUCAUCCACUGAACUGCUAUUUUCAGGACUCAAUGUCAACCUGCAAGACAGCCGACAAGAGUCCCUACAUCUGUCUGAAUCUUCACCGUCUGAACUGAGUAAUGUGCAAGAUGCAUUUGCCAAAAUAUGUAUGGCAUGUCGAACUGGAGAUUAUGAAGUCGUUGACUCUUUGCUAAGCACUCCUAACCUUGAUAUUAAUCAGGUAGACGAAUACGACUACUCCCCUUUAAUAUUAAGCUCGUUGUGUGGACACUUGAAGAUUGUCGAGCUACUAUUGAAGAGGGGCGCUGUCUGUGAUAGAGAUACAUUCCAGGGCGCUAGGUGUAUCUAUGGAGCUCUUACGGAUGAAAUUAGGGAUCUACUAGUUAGUUUUGAUAUUUCCAAAGCAGUGGACGUCAACCAACCAUUUGCUGGUCAUAUCGCGUCACUUUAUACCACCUCGGCUAACAAAGAUGUUGUGUUUAAUUUCAGGCCAAAGGGAUUGAGUUCAGAGUUGAGUGCAUUUUCGUUGCAUAGAUUUUUGUUAGUUGCACGAAGCCUGUACUUUAGAGAAAAGUUUCAAAAUGACUGGCUGUUUUUGAGUGUUGUGGAAAUGCCAAAUGAAGUGGACCCGUUGGCGUUUAGAGUGAUCGUUGAUUACAUAUACCUUAGAACAGAUUCAAUGGUGAUUACUGAGAAGGCGUUCCGUGAAACGGUGGUUUCCUUAGCUGAGGAGUACGAGUUAGAGGAUUUAGCUAGUGCUAUUAAAGAAAUUUCAAGUGCAAAAGAUGAAAAAGAGCAGUUCAAAAUCAAGCACGAACUAGCUAUGAAGAUUGUUGAGAAGGCUAGAAAAGAACUUGACUCAUUUUUAGCUAAUGACAUCAUUGGCAAUAGUGUUUCCUCAAAAAUGGAGCUCGAGAAGGACAUUGAGCUUGAAGAUAUCAAUUGUCAGCAAUACGUUACACAAGAGCAGAAGAAAACUUUGCUUGAGCUGUCUUCCAUCCCUGAUUCCAUUCUCUCAUAUGUCGACUCAAACUCAGAAGCAGUUAUUUUUUACCCUGUUAAUAAAUCCAUACUCACAAGAUCGGAGUACUUUGACACGAUGUUUAAAUCGAAUAUUUUCAGAUUCGCAGAGGAGGAAAUUCCAAUGUACAGAGAUGGUGAAGUCUCAGUUGUAAAUAGGCCUCAAGUAGAUGAGUCACAUUUACCGAUAAUACAGCUUUCAACCAGUACGGCUGAUAAGAAAGUGGCAGCAAUGGUGUUAUCAUACUUGUAUCAUGAUGAUGUGAAUGAAAUUCCCCUUGAGAAUGUCGUUGAAUUGUUGUAUGCAGCAGAUGAAUUGUUCCUAGAAAGAUUGAAAACAAUGUCAGCUGUAAGGUUGAGUUCACAAUAUCCGAAAUUCACCUAUCAGGAAUUUCAACUGUUGGAACAAGAGGUAAAAUAUGACGCGUAUGAUUUGAUUAGAGCAGCAUGGCUGACACGAUGCGAUAAAUUGGAACAACAUGUCACCAAAAUGAUAGCUUGUAACUUGCAAGACAUUGUCGAACGUGAAGAGGAAAGUGCAAAAUUGUUAGCUUUGAUUGCUGAAUCAGCUGCAAGAAUCAGAGAAAGACAAGAUACAGACACAAUUGAAUUGGUUGAUGAUAUACGAUACUAUUUAUCGAAAAAGUAUGCAGUUAGUGAAGAUGGUGAAAGCUUGGACCCUUUGAGCAGUUUUGGAUACAGAGACAAAAAGACGGAGAAUAUUAAAUUGUAUCAAAAUUCACUAUUGAAAUAUGAAAGAGAUGUCGAAGUUAUCGAGAAUAUGUUGGACAAGUUGAAUUUGGACGCUUAG